AUGCUCAACACAGAGCUCAAUCACAACACAUACCGAACCGCCCUAAAGGCCACCGCACCUAUGAAAGCAGUCCGUUUCCACGGUCCCGGCGAUAUUCGCAUCGAAGAGAUCGAAGAGCCGGUCUGUGGCAAAGGCCAGGUGAAGGUACGGCCAGCUUAUGUGGGGAUAUGCGGUAGUGAUAUCCACGAAUACACAGCAGGACCUGUGCUAGUUCCGCAAGAACCUCAUAAGAUCACGGGAGUGACGGCGCCGGUGACGCUAGGACAUGAGUUCUCGGGGAUUGUCGAGGAAGUCGGCGAAGGGGUCACGCAUGUCUCGAAGGGCCAGAGAGUCGUGAUCCGGCCGACUAUCUAUGAUGGAACGUGUCCUUCGUGCAGGAGUGGCUAUGAGCACUGUUGUGAGAAUAUUGGGUUUAUUGGGCUGUCUGGAUACGGCGGCGGCCUAGCCCACAAACAAGUCGCCCCCGCAACCCAUUUCUACCCCAUCCCAGACAACAUAUCACUCGAAUCCGCAGCCCUAAUAGAACCCCUCGCAGUGGCCUGGCACGCCGUCAACGUCUCGCCCUUCAAACCCAACCAACACGUCCUAGUAGUAGGCGGCGGACCCGUCGGGAUCGGCAUCGUGCAAGUACUCAAGAUGCAAGGAGCGAAGACGAUCACCGUCGCCGAGCCGAUGGCGCGACGACGCGAAUUCGCGCUGGAAUAUGGCGCCACGCACGCCAUCGAUCCCAAGACGGAGGAUGUCACAGAGCAGAUCCGGAAUCUGACGAACGGGCUGGGCGCCCAUGUUGUCUUUGAUUCGGCGGGCGUGGAACAGGCGCUGUGUGGAGAGGUCGACGCCUGUCGGACGCAUGGCACGAUUGUGAAUAUCGCGGUGUGGGAGAAACAGCCUUCUAUGCCGGUUAAUGAGCUGAUGUAUAAUGAAGUGCAGUAUACGGGGGCUGCGUUGUAUGAUGAAAGUGCGUUUCAGGAUGUGAUUCGAGCUCUUAAUUAUGGCCAAUUGAAACCAGACAGAAUGAUCACAUCCAUAGUCAAGCUGGACGAUGUGGUUGAGAAAGGGUUCCAAGCGCUGGUGGAUGAUCGAGGCGAGCAUUGCAAGAUCCUGGUCGAUGUGCAGGCCUCCGUGUAA